CCCGAGCUUCCACUAUAAAUAUAGUCCUAGGCUCCUGGGUAUCAUAACCAGCAGCAGCCAGCAGCACAGCAUCUAAACGAAAAUGGCCGUCUCACUCUCCUGGCAUCUCCUCGCCCAGCCUCAACUAUGGCAGCUCCUCGUUCUAGCCCUCCUUCCAAUCGUCUCCUUGUCGCUGAUAACGAGCAUCCGGAGGAGCCGCUCGUCUGGAAAAGGUGAUCUCAACCUGCCGUCGUGCCCCGCGCGGGUGCCGGUCCUGGGCAACCUGCACCAGCUGGGCUCGCUGCCCCACCGGAGCCUGCGCGAGCUAGCCCGGCGGCACGGCCCAGUCAUGCUGCUCCACCUCGGCAUGGUCCCGACGUUGGUGAUCUCGUCGGCGUCCGCGGCAAAGGAGGUCAUGAAGGACCAAGACGUGAGCUGCUGCAGCCGGCCUGCAUCGCCAGGCCCAAUCCGGCUCUCGUACGGCCGCAGGGACGUGGCCUUCGCGCCCUACAACGAGUGCUGGCGCGAGACGCGCAGGCUCUUCAUCAUGGAGGUCCUGAGCUUGGGCCGCGUCAAGGCCGCCUGGGGCGCGCGCCAGGAGCAGGUGGAGAAGCUGGUGCGCGCCCUGGGCGCGCAAGCCGGCGAGGGCCAGAAGAAGAAGGCCGUGGCGCUGGACGAGCACAUAUUUCGCCUCGUCGACGGCAUCAUCGGCACGGUGGCGUUCGGCAACGUCUACGGCACGGAGAUGUUUGCGCGCAAGGACAAGGGCAAGGAGCGGCGGUUCCAGCAGGUGCUGGACGAGGCCAUGGACAUGAUGGGCAGCUUCUCCGCCGAGGACUUCUUCCCCAACGCCGCGGGUCGCCUCGUUGACCGCCUCACGGGGCUCGUGGGCCGCCGCGAGCGGAUCUUCAGGGAGCUGGACGCCUUCUACGAGGCUGUCAUCAGGCAGCACCUCGAUCCGGCCCGGCCCAAGCCCGACAACGGCGGCGACCUCGUCGACGUCCUCCUCAGCCUCUGCAAGGAGCCACGCGGGACCCUGAGCUUCACCAUGGACCACGUCAAGGCCCUCCUCAUGAACACGUUCGUGGGUGGCAUCUACACGAGCUCGGUGACGAUCCUGUGGGCGAUGUCGGAGCUGAUCCGGAAGCCGCGCGUGCUGAAGAAGGUGCAGGAAGAGAUCAGGGCCGUGGUUGGCAGCAACAACGGCAGCGAUCGCGAGCCACGGGUGCAGCCGGACGACGUGCCGAAACUGAGCUACCUCAAGAUGGUGGUCAAGGAGACGCUGCGGCUGUACCCGCCGGUGACGCUGCUGCUGCCGCGAGAGACGAUGCGGCAAGUCAAGAUAUCCGGGUACGACGUGCCGGCCAAGACGCGGGUCCUGGUGAACGCGUGGGCCAUCGGGAGGGACGCGGCGAGCUGGGGCGAGGACGCGGAGGAGUUCGACCCGGACAGGUUCGAGCCCGCGGGGAGCGCUCAUCAGGUGGACUUCAACGGCGGGCACUUCGAGCUGCUGCCGUUCGGGGCCGGCCGGAGGAUGUGCCCGGGGCUCGCCAUGGGAGUCACCAACGUGGAGUUCACGCUGGCUAACCUGCUUUGCUGCUUCGACUGGGCGCUCCCGGAAGGGACGACGGCGGGGGAGUUGAGCAUGGAGGAGGACGGCAGUCUCACCUUCCACCGCAAGACGCCGCUCCUGCUCGUGCUCACCCCUUAUGUGCCGCCGCCGCGGGCGUGAUUGAUUGAUUGAUGGUUCGAUUCGAUUCGAUGAAUAAUUGGCAGGCUUUAUUAAAAGUGUUUCCUUAAUUCAGUGGGAUUUCCCAUCCAAAAAUAAUACUGUAAUUCAGUGGGAUGACCACCCGAUCCUGCGUAAUUUGGCUUCCAAGCGACAAGACGAAGAGCGCGCUGUUUUUUAAGCAA